AUGAUGCUCUUCUAAACUUACGUUUGUUAGUGGACUUAUAUUGCAAAAUAUUAUUACUAGGAUAUCAAAUUUCAGAAUCAAACUAAUGUAGGAGGCUUCAAUAUUCCUCAACAAUCUAAAAGUGCCUAUUACAUAGAUUGUGACUCUCCAUCAACAAGUUAGAUAACUCUUACAUCAGAAUUACCAAGGCUAAUAAGUGAAGAUUAAUUGAACCUCAAUUCUGGAGACUAUGUCUCACUUGAUUUAUUUUUCUCAGGUAUUUGGAAUAAUGACAUUUUUAAAAUAAUAAUAGGGGGUCAAGUUAUUUCACUUAAUUAUACAAAACCUGAUUAAUAUCCAAUAUCUAGUGGAUUUUGUGACAAUAUAUAGGCUGAUGCUAAGAGUUUAAAUUUUAAAAUCUAAACCACAUAAUAAGUUAACCUGGAAUUCCAAAUAUAAAACUCGAAUGUUGAUGGAUAAGUUUCGAUUAAAAAUUUGUUUAUAUCAAGGCUCUUAUGCCAUCCUUUAUGCAUUUCCUGUACAGGUUAAGAAUCUACUUAAUGUACAAGUUGUUAUAGCGGAACUCCUAAUAAUAAUCGAUGCCCUUUGUGCCCAUCUAAUUAGUCACUGAUGCCAGAUAUUGGUUGCACAGUGAUGUGUGACUUUUAUUAACGCGAAACUUAUGAGAAAAUUUGUGUAUAUUUUAAAUCAAGCACUCUCUAUUAGGAAACCUUAUAUCCAAAUGAAAAGAGGUAUCAAGUGAUUCAAACUAGCCUUAUAGGCUUAUCAUAAUAUAUGCUAGCAUCUACUUCAUAAGACCAUGGAAUAUUCACUCUGAAUUCUGGUACUAUUAAGUUUAUUGAUUUAUCCUCAUUUAAUUAAGGAUAUUUCUUGAUAGGAUUAAAAUUAGUUAUAUCAUUAUACGAUCCUAUUCCUAUUGAUACUAGAAUAGAAUUUCAUAUUAAUAAUACUUACUAUGGAUCUAUUUAUUAAACGGAUUAAGGAAUGUAGCUACACAGAAUUUAAUUAUAUAAAACUGAAGACUUAACUUGUGUCAGUUUAUGGACAAAUUGCAAAACUAUUACGUUAUUUAUGUUUGUAGAUAUACCUAAUUAUUCCUUUGCUUUUAAAGCUAUUGGAUACUAUUAAACUUCUGGUGCAGGUUGGAGCAUAAAAUAGAUUGAGGUCUCAUCUGGAAAAUGUCAGGAAAAUUGCUAAUAUUGCGAAUUAGCUUAUUUAUGUAAAAUUUGUAAUGUUGGUUUGUAUGUCUCAAGCGAUGGUAAUUGUGUAAAAUGCGAAGAAACUUAUUAAAUAAUAAAUGAAGGUUCUUGCAUAGACUAUGGAUAAGAAGCUCCAUAUUCUGGAUAUUUAAUAUAAAAUGAAAAGUUUGAACUAACAAACGAUCCAUCCUAAACUACAAAAUAUCUACUUGCUUCAGCAGAGGGAUUCAACUUUUUAAAAGGAUCAAAUAUUUGGUAUUCGUUUUGGCAUGAAAAAUUCAUUUUUGGGGGAUAGUAUGUUUGGAGUCAAGCAAAAUUCAAAAUAAUUCAUUAAUCACUAAGUCCGCAUUAUAGUGUUACAAUUGGAUUUUACAUUUUAUAUGGACCAAAUUUCCCUGAGGAUGGCUAAUUCAUAUAUACCUUUGAAAACGAUCAGCCUAUAACUAAAUCUGCAUAGAGUGCAAAUUUAUCUUUUGCAGAUGCAACUCUGUCUGAAAGAGUAAAAACUAUUCAUCCACAUUCUUCCGAUACGUUAACUUUAUAUUGGGAAUGCAAAGGCAGUAACAAUAAUAUAUAUGAUGCAUAUUGUGGAUUGUAUGGUUAUAAUGUGGUCGUUCAUUAUUGUUAACCUUAUUGUCUAGAAUGUUCAAGUGAAAAAGUUUGCACUAAAUGGGAUAAUUCUGUUGAUGCCAAAUUUCAUUCAGUAAUAGGUUGUUAACCAAAAACAUAUUAUAAUAAACAAGAAUAAAAAUGCUUACCUUGUCCUAAUAGAUGCAAAACUUGUACAUCUGAAAUGCAUUGUUAAUCAUGUGAAUUAACGUAUACUCUUACUAAAUCAGGUUGUAAAUGUUUAAUGACUCAGUAUUAUGCUGAUAAUUAAUGUUAUGAAUGCCCAAUAGGAUGCAAUCAAUGUCUCAAUAACCAGGCUUGUGUAGAAUGUUUGACUGCAAAUAAUAGAGAGUUAAAAAACGGAAAGUGCGAAUGUUUAGAUGGAUAUUAUUCUAUAAGUUCAAAUCCAGUUUGUUAAAAAUGUCAUAGUUAAUCAAUCUGCUAGUGCCCAUCAGGUACUAGUUAUGAUGCUUCUUCAAAAUCAUGUAAAACUUGUCAUUCUUCAUGUUAAACUUGCUUUAAUUUAACUUAGGAUGGUUGCUUAACUUGUGACAUAACCAAAAACAAAUACUUAAAAGGAUUAAAAUGCGUUUGCCGCGCAGGAUAUUACGAAUAGAAUAAUAUUUGUUUAAGUUGUCCUGAAGUAGAGGAUCAGUAAAAAGUACAAUGUUAUAAAUUUUGUUAAGAAAAUUAUAUGAUAUGGCAUACACAAAAUUGUUUAAUUUGUAAAAGCGGGUUUUAACUUAUUGAUGGUGAAUGUACGCCAAUUUGUGGAGACCACAUAGUUGUAGGAUAUGAAUAAUGUGAGGAUGGAAAUAAUGAUAUAGAUGAUUUAUGCUUUAAUUGCUAAUUUUAAUGCCCUAGUGAUUGUUAAACUUGCAAUUCAAAUACUAUGUUACCAUGUUCUGGUUAUUGUGGAGAUGGUAUUGUUAAUGGUACCGAAGAAUGUGAUGAUGGGAACUAGAUUUAAUAUGAUGGGUGCCAUAAUUGCAAAUUUUAAUGUUUCUCGAAAUGUACAAAUUGUGUCAAAGGUAAAUGUACAUAAUGUGUCACUAAAACACAUAAUCACAGCUUUGCAAUGUCUUCUGAGAAUUGUUUCUUAUAGUGUGGAAGUGGGAAUGUAAUUGUCAGCGAUUAAUGCAUCGAUUAUAAAUCAAUUACUAAUGAUGAGUGUUAAAUCUGUAGAUUUAAAUGCAGAAGUAAUUGUAUUAAUUGUGAAUAAACUACUGGAAGAUGCCUAGACUGCAACGUAGGGUUUAAACCUAAUUCUUCCUUCUGCGAAAACAUUUGUGGUGAUAUAUUAGUAGCUUAAGAUUCAACUAACUUUUAUACUGAAGCUUGUGACGAUGGAAAUAUUAUCAACAGGGAUCUUUGUAGUAGUUAAUGCAAGAGAGAAUGUUAAAUAGAAGAAGUUUGUACAGACUGCAGAAAUACAUUAUGUUAUGCUUGUGGAUAUGGAUACUAUUUGAAUGAAAAUCAUUAUUGUUAUUCUAUCUGCGGAGAUUUAAAAAAAGCAAAAGAUGAGGAAUGUGACGAAGAAAAGCCUUAUAAAUGCUUAAAUUGUUUAGCAAAAUGUUAAGAGUCAUGUUUGUAAUGUUCUACUUAAGGUAAAGGCUGCUUAUAAUGCAAAGAAGGUUAUCGAAAUAUAGAUAAUAUGUGUGAGACUAUUUGUGGAGAUGGUUAUGUAACUGCUGACGAAUAAUGUGAUGAUGGAAAUUUUAUAUUUGAAGACGGAUGCCAUCAAUGUUUAAAAGUUUGUACUAUAGGUUGUUCUGCUUGUAUUGAUGGAAGUUGUACAGAUUGCCAUGAAGGCUACUAAUAUUUUAAGUAAUAAUGCAUUAAAAUUGAUGAGAACUUUCAUGAUCCCAGAUGUAAUUCUGAUUGUUUAGAAUGCAGUAUCGAAAGGCAUGGAUGCUUGAAAUGCUAAUCUGGAUAUAACAACAUUGAUAAUAGGUGCUAUUCCAUUUGUGGAGACUAAAACAAACUUGAUAUUGAAAAAUGUGAUGAUGGAAAUUUUAUAUUUGAGGAUAAUUGUCAUCAAUGUGACUUUAAUUGCCCUAUUUCUUGUUCAAAUUGUAUUGAAGGUGUUUGCAUUCGAUGUUAUGAAGAAUUUUUUCUAUAUAAAAAAAGAUGUUUUUCAAAGAUUGAAAAUGAUCCAUUGGCUAGUCUUACAAAUUUUUAAUAUUCAAAUUUAAAAAGUCUGUAAUCUUUCUCUUCAACAUUGUUUUCAUCCUAUUAAUUUCAAGUAGAAACCCCAGAUCUGAAUUAAUAAAAAUAUAAUUAGAAGGAUUAUCAUCCAAUAGUUGUGUCAGAAAUUACGAACUCUAUCCGUUUUACAGUUGAUUUACAAUGCUCUAAAAAUUAGAAAUUAGAUAUUUAAUUCAAUACUUUUGAACACACGGAAGGCUUUGAUAAGGAGUCAUUAAUAUUCUAAGGUGAAUGUCAUAACACUUUUUAUCAUUCAAUUAGAGUCUCAUUUAUACUAAACAAAGUUAUUACAAAGAAUGAAGAUGAAAUAUUGGUAAUAAUAAUAAAAGAUAAUGAAUUAAAAUUUGCAUUGAUAAACGGGGAUUUUUUACAAAAUCUUCUCUCAUUUAAAUUUGUUAAUGUGUGA